GCUCUCCUUCUCUCUCUCUCUCUCUCUCUCUCUCUCUCUCUCUCUCUCUCCACCUCCCUCCCAUUAACGUCCGUACAGUUUUUUGGGUUUCCACACACAAAAUGGAGAAGACGACUGUGGAUUAUAAGCUGAAAGAAUACGAGACCCGUUUCCGCAAAAAGUUGGAGACAUUUCAAUCCCAGGCGGCCUCCCUCGUCCACCUGACCAAGCAAUACAAGGAGCUCCAGGCCCGGUUCGACUCCGCCCAGAACGACCUCCGGACCCGGUUCCGGGAGCUCAAGGACCGGGAGAACCAAAUCGGAGUCAAAGAGAAGGAGGCCGAACAAUCGAGUAAGAGCCAAUUGCUUUCCUUGAAAUCUUUGAUUAAGAAACACGUUGAUGAGCUUGAUGCGUUGAGCGAGAGGGUUAGGGAGAAGAGGGAGGUGACCGAAAGCCGGGUUUCGGAGAGGACGAGUGAGUUGAGUUGGGUUGAGAGAUGCGUGUUUGAGAAGAGGAGAGAGUGUGAUCUGAAACAAAGGUGCAUUGAUGAGUGUGAGAAAGAGAUGGAAUUGAAAAGGGAGAUGAUAGAGGACAUGGAUUUGAGAGCGAAAGAGUCAAUGGAGGAGUGGCGUUGUAGGCUUGAAUUGAAAGAGAGGGAGCUAGAAGGGUUGUUUGACAAGUUUGAAUUGAGAGGGCAAGAGUUAUUUGAGCCAAAUAUUGUUGAGGAGAUUCGUGUUAUUGAUAAAAGGGUGGAGGAGUGCAUCAAUGAGGUUGAGAUUAAAGAGACGUGUUUGGAGAGACUUGAGAAAUCAAUAGAGGAACGCGAAAAGUCUGUGGAUUUAGUCUCCCAUGAACUGAAGAUGAAAGAGGGGGAACUUGAAGAGAAGGCUAAAGAGUUUGAAAUGUUUGCUUCUCAAGUGAAGACUGAGCAGUUGGAAAGAGAAGAGCAUUUUGCUUCACUUGAAAAAUCGAUGGAAGAACGGGGAAAGAACUUAGAUGCACUUGAAAAAUCGAUACAAGAGCGCGAAAGGUAUUUGGGUUUAGUUUCCCAUGAACUGAAGAUGAAAGAGGGGAAACUUGAAGAGAAGGCUAAGGAGUUUGAAUUGUUUGCUUCUCAAUCGAAGACUGAGCAGCUGGAAAAAGAAAAGCACUUUGCUUCACUUGAAAAAUCGAUGGAAGAACAAGAGAAGACCUUGGAUGCACUUGAAAAAUCGAUACAAGGGCGUGAAAAGUCUUUGGAUUCAGUCUCCCAUGAACUGAAGAUGAAAGAGGGGCAGCUUGAAGACCAAGCCAAAGAGUUUGAAAUGUUUGCUUCUCAAUCGAAGACUGAGCAGCUGGAAAGAGAAAAGCACUUUGCUUCACUUGAAAAAUCGAUGGAAGAACAAGAGAAGACCUUGGAUGCACUUGAAAAAUCGAUACAAGGGCGCGAAAGGUAUUUGGAUUCAGUCUCCCAUGAACUGAAGAUGAAAGAGGGGCAGCUUGAAGAGCAAGCCAAAGAGUUUGAAUUGUUUGCUUCUCAAUCGAAGACUGAGCAGCUGGAAAGAGAAAAGCACUUUGCUUCACUUGAAAAAUCGAUGGAAGAACGAGAGAAGACCUUGGAUGCACUUGAAAAAUCGAUACAAGAGCGCGAAAAGUCUUUGGAUUCAGUCUCCCAUGAACUGAAGAUGAAAGAGGGGCAGCUUGAAGACCAAGCCAAAGAGUUUGAAAUGUUUGCUUCUCAAGUGAAGACUGAGCAGUUGGAAAGAGAAGAGAAUUUUGCUUCACUUGAAAAAUCGAUGGAAGAACGAGAGAAGACAAUGGAUGCACUUGAAAAAUCGAUACAAAAGCGCGAAAGGUAUUUGGGUUUAGUUUCCCAUGAACUGAAGAUGAAAGAGGGGCAGCUUGAAGAGCAAGCCAAAGAGUUUGAAUUGUUUGCUUCUCAAUCGAAGACUGAGCAGCUGGAAAGAGAAAAGCACUUUGCUUCACUUGAAAAAUCGAUGGAAGAACGAGAGAAGACCUUGGAUGCACUUGAAAAAUCGAUACAAGAGCGCGAAAAGUCUUUGGAUUCAGUCUCCCAUGAACUGAAGAUGAAAGAGGGGCAGCUUGAAGAGGAGGCUAAAGAGUUUGAAAUGUUUGCUUCUCAAGUGAAGACUGAGCAGUUGGAAAGAGAAGAGCAUUUUGCUUCACUUGAAAAAUCGAUGGAAGAACGAGAGAAGACAAUGGAUGCACUUGAAAAAUCGAUACAAGAGCGUGAAAAGUCUUUGGAUUCAGUCUCAUAUGAACUGAAGAUGAAAGAGGGGAAACUUGAAGAGGAGGCUAAAGAGUUUGAAAUGUUUGCUUCUCAAGUGAAGACUGAGCAGUUGGAAAAAGAAAAGCAUUUUGCUUCAGUUGAAAAAUCGAUGGACGAACGAGGAAAGAACUUAGAUGCACUUGAAAAAUCGAUACAAGAGCGCGAAAGGUAUUUGGGUUUAGUUUCCCAUGAACUGAAGAUGAAAGAGGGGAAACUUGAAGAGAAGGCUAAGGAGUUUGAAUUGUUUGCUUCUCAAUCGAAGACUGAGCAGCUGGAAAAAGAAAAGCACUUUGCUUCACUUGAAAAAUCGAUGGAAGAACAAGAGAAGACCUUGGAUGCACUUGAAAAAUCGAUACAAGGGCGCGAAAAGUCUUUGGAUUCAGUCUCCCAUGAACUGAAGAUGAAAGAGGGGCAGCUUGAAGAGCAAGCCAAAGAGUUUAAACUGAAGCAAAUUGCAUUUGCUUCUCAAGUGAAGACUGAGAUGUUGGAAAGAGAAGAGCAUUUUGCUUCACUUGAAAAAUCGAUCCAAGAAAGAGAAAAGACUUUGGAUUCACUCAAGAAGUCGUUCCAAGAGAGCAAAGAGCAUUUGGAGAGACAACUUGAAGAGCAGGGCAGAGAGCUUCAAUCAAAGCAAAAAUUAUUCGAUUCUCAGCAAGUAGAAAGAGAAAAGCAACAUGAUAUAUUUGAAAAGUCCUUGGGAGAACGCAAAAAGCAGUUCAAUGUAUUCCAAAAGUCGGUUCAGGAGCAGAAAGAGCAUUUGGAUUCACUCUCCCAUAGACUCCAGAUGAAAAAUAGGCAACUUGAAAAGCAGGGCAAAGAGCUUGAAUUGAAGCUAAAACAACAUGAAUCUCAAGUGAAGGCUGACCAGUUGGCACUUACACCCACUGCUAAUAAUAUGAUUAUUCCAUUUAUGAGUGAUCAACCCAGCAUCAGUACAGAUGGUAGAAGCUUGCAGUUGUUAAUCGAUGAGAAUUUAAACAAAGCUGAAUUGGUGGGUGGCGAAUUAUCAGCUCUUUUAGAUGCAGAUGAGAUUUUAAAGCUUCUUGGAAUGAUUUCUCAGCAUAAGCAGACUAUACAGUUAUGUGACUUAUGUCAGACACUUGGUUUUGAAGAUAAAAUCCCUGAUAUUAUUUGGAAUCUCAUUGAAAGAAAGCAACUGAUUGAGGCUGUUAGAUUUAUCUGCACCUUCAAGCUAAAUGACGAGUUUCCCCCAGCACCACUCUUGAUAGAAUUUGUGGAGGAUGCAAAGAAGUGUUGCAGUGAAAUGCUCAGUGAAGUGAAAUCACAUGAUGAAAAGGAAAAGUUUGUGGACGACCGAAUAGCUGAUCUAAGAGCUGUGGUUCAAUGCAUUGAAGACCACGGCCUCGAGUCCCAAUACCACUCAAUCGACAUUUUGAUGGAUAUUCAAGGUCUUCAGAAACUAAAGGAGAAUGGAAAGUUGGUGCUGUCUCUUCCGCCCAGUGUUGAAAAACAAGAGCAGAGAAAAGGGAGGAAACAAAGUUCCAGCAGUCUCCCCUCCACAUCUCACACAUAUCAGCUGCGUAAAAGAACAUAAUCCGUGAGCCAUGUCAGCUGCUAGUCUCCAUGCAUUGCCAACUUUCACCUCCGGCUAUCCUGUCUAGUUUGUUGUCUUUGGCAGUUGGGUAUGUCUGCCAAUGACUAUGAAAUUGGUGCUAAUUCUGUUUCCAGAGAGAAUGCUGGAAUACAUCUUUUGAAUCAAGGUCUUUCCUAGACAUCAUAGUAAUGUCCUUAACUAAACCUAGUGUGAACCUGCAACAAAUGCUAAUAUGAAGUACUUGUUGAUGCUGUUA